CGGGGAUGGGAUGAAAGAAGCUCACGUGUCACCAACAUUGGAGUGGCCAAAACAGAGGCUGCUGGGUUGGGUAUUGGUGGCGGGUGUGUUAUUUUCCUGUUUUCUGCUGAGAAAGGGUGUUUGGCAGGUUGGGAUGAAGGCGAGUCGACUGAGAAGCGUGUCAACGGGUCACAGCGUCCUCAGCACCAGGUGGCAAUGUUAAUCCAGUUGCCUGAGGCUGCAAGACCUGUUUGUGCAUGCGUGCAUGGGAUUAAUUAAAAAAGUAAGUAAGAAAGGGGGAAAAAAUGUUCAGUGGCAACUUGCAUGGAUCCCUGUGAGUUGUUUGAUAGGUGGGGAAAUGCUCCUGUGUGUGUCAGCUGCCGUCAGGGAGAGCUGCGGCUGGCACAGGGCUGUGUUGUGCUGCCAGACUGGUUGCUUGGAAAAAGGAGAAGGGGGAAAAGAAAUCCAAAACAAAGAGAAAAAGGAGGGUGGCAGCAGACUCCGGCCCGGCCAGGGUUUCCAAGGCUACCGCGAAGCUAUGGCUGCGCUACCGGCCAUGGCAGAGCCGCGUUUGGGUUGAUUUUGCACAAUUCUAGUGCACGAGUUGGUCGGGAUGUCUUUGACUUGGUUUCCUGUGUUGGAUGGGGGUUGCUAAACAAGGAGUUGUUGUGUUUUAUAAUGCAAGCCUUGCAGGUGCAAGGGCUGGACGAUGCGAGCCUUUCUAAAGAGUUCGGAGGGGUGUUUUCAGCUGAAACCGCACACGACGAUAGGCAGACAUGAAGGGUCCGACAUCGUCCUGCAGGUUUCCCUGCUUGCCUGUUGAUUGCCUGUGCCAGUCCGCAGGUGUAGCCGAUCAUCAGGCAGCCCUCAGAUUCACCGCCUGGGACAACGGCUUUGUCCUGCAGGACUUCAACUCCCCCCACGGCACCUUCGUCAAUGGCUGCCAGGUCCAAAACGCGGCUGUGAAAGUGAGUCCGGGAGAUAUCCUGCGCUUCGGAGCUGGGGGAGCAUCCUUUGAGCUGGUGGUGGACGGGGCUGCCCAGAUGUCCUAUCCGCCUGUGAAACGUCGCACAGCAUGGACCGGGCAGCUCCAGUUGGUUGCAGAGCCCAAGCCCCGGACUCCUGCAUCUCCUUCCCACCUCCCCUCGUUGCGGGGGCCGCACCCCCCCAGCUCUCCGGGCAACUGGGCUCCCGGAGCAGCUGGCCACGUGCCCCAUCCACCGCUGCGGAAGCGACCGCUCAGUGCCUGGGCUAGGAGCGUGGCCACCACUGUCCCGUCAGACGCUUUCAGUGGGACCUCCAUGGUGAGGCCAGCUUCGACCAACAUCUCAGGCAAUGGUGCGAGUGGUGUGGGGGGAGCCCCUUCCCCAGGAACUCACGACACAGAUGUCCUGCAGGAGAAGGGUGACAGGCUUGUGCAAUCAGAGAAGGAAAUCAGUCACCUAUCUGGUUUGGAAACAGAAUCAAAGCAGAAAGAUGCUGUGAUAAGGGAUCUGCAGGACGAGAUUGCGGCGAUGGCGAAGACUUUGGCUCAGGCGGCGGCGAGGAACGAGGUGGAGCUGAGCCAGAAGCUGCUCACCUUCGACCGAGAGCUGGGAGCCAAAACAGAGGAGAUCAGAGCCCUGAGGGAACAGAUCAGCAACCUGCAGAAAGGCUCGAGCCAGGUUUUCAGCUAUUCCCUCUAUGAAAGAGACCUGGAGAUCGGAAGGCUGCGGAAAGAAGGCGAGAAGCUGAAGAGGGACCACGCUUUGGCUGCAGGUCUAGUGAUCAGCCUGCAACGAGAGAUCACCGGGAAGGAGCAGAAAAUCCAGCAGCUCAAGGAUGACGUUGAGAAGAUGAAGAGGGAAAGCAGGGAAAAGGACCAUCAGCUCGCGGUCAUUUCUGCCAAGUGCUCUAGAAUUAAAGAGGAAAUGAAACAUGAACUUGGAGAGCGAGAAGUAAUAAUUGCGUGCCGAAAUCGCAUCGAGGAGCUGGAACGUGACCUGGGGAGGCUGCAGGAGGAAAUCCAGAAGUGUAGCACUGAGCAGGAGAGCACCCGAAACCAGCUGGCCCAGAAAGCCAAGGCUGAGGAGGAGCUGAAGGAAACCUGUGCCAGGCAAGUGCUGCAGCUGCGGGAGAUGGGGCGCAGGGAGCGGCUGCUGCGAGCGGAGCUGGGGCAGGGCAAGGAGCAGCUGGAGUCCUUCAAAACCCGAGUGAUGCGAGCCUGUUCUCCAGCAGCAGCGUGCAUUGCGGGGAAAGCCGUAACGGAGCAGCAGGUGAUAGAGAAGGUCGGGGAGAUCUGCAAAGAAAACCAACAAAGUCAUGAGAGAGAGAAGGGUCUGCAGGAGGAAUUAAGCUCCAGGCUCUCGAAGGAAAAGGAGGUGUCUGCAAAUCUGGAGGUGUUCAAGAAAUCUGUGUGUGGGCUCCAGGAGUGCCUGAGGAGCUCCUGCAGCAGUGACAGCCUGCGAGGGCAGCUGGGGAGGCUGGAGGUGACAAUCCUGGACCCCUCCGUCUUGGCCAUUGGAGUGGCUGUGGUGGAGAUGGCAUCUGUCCUCCUGUCCUGGCUGGAGGACACAGAGCAGCUCCUGGCCAGCACAGGGAUGGACCCGCAUGCCUCCAGCAAAGGGCUCUUGGCUGCUCUCAGGGAAUUGUUGGAGGAUUAUCAGGAAGCCACACAGAGGAAGAGGCUAUUACAGGCUCAAUUAGAGAAGGUCCAGGAGUCGCAGGCGGCUUUGCUGCAGGAGCACGUGAAGGAGCUGGAAGCGAAACACAAGCACGACCUACAGACAAAAAUAAAUCAAAUCAUAUUGGAAAAGGACAAGGACAACAAAGAGAUUCUGGAGAGCACCAUCGCCAAGGAGAAGGACAAGUGCAAGCAGUCCCUGGAGGAAGAACAGAAGAAGACCCAAGACCUGGAGAGCCACCUGCGAAGCGUGACCGAGGUAAUGGAAAAGAAGGCAAAAGAGCAGGAGGUUUCAGACUGCAAACUGAGAGAAGCUGUGCGCAACCUGGAGGAAGCUGCGACACGAGAGAUAACGUUGCAGCAACAGGUUCUCGUGCGAGACGAGCAGCUCAAGACCAUUCAGGAGGAGAAUGAGUUUCAGAGGCGGAAACUGGAAGAAGAAAUACUGGAAUAUAAAGAGCAAAUAAAGCAACAUUCCCUGACAAUUGUGACCUUAGAGGAAAGGUUGGUGGAGACCAAGCAGCAGCAGAAGACGCUGGAGGAGGAAAAUGCAGCGCUUGUGGAAAAAUUAGAAGGAUUUCAGGGUGAUGCUCACCAGUCAACAUCAGGAACUUGUCUGGAGGCUUCUCCUGCUGCAGAGAUGCCCGGCUGUGUGAAAUUCAGGGAGGAGCUGGCAGCGGCGCAGAGCAUCCUCCUGUCCAAGGAGGCCGUCAUCGCCGGACUCACCAGAGAGCUGGUGGAAACCAGGGCCAGGAUGUCAGACAUGAGAGGGGAGCUGGGCGAGGAGCAGAAGGUGGAACUGGAGCGGAACCUGAGCCAGGUGAAACGUCAAGAGCGGGAACUGAACCUGCUCAGAGAGAAGCUCUGCCAGAUGUCCAGCCUGGUGGAGAAGAAGGAUGGAGCCCUGAAAGCAGCAGCCGAAGAGUUAAGACGAGCCCGAGACGACUGCCAGGCACUGAGGGAUGCCGCCCGAGAAACGGCUGAAGAGACGGAAGAUGCUCCUGGGAUACCCGUGCAGGCGGGUGAAGCCUCUGAGAGGUGCUGGAAACGGGAAGAACACAAAGGUGGGUGCAGCAGCAGAUGGAGGGACUGUAGAGGGAUCGUACAGCCCGUUCCGCAGCGGUGGCAGCCAGCCUGCCAGCGAGGAAGGCUGGAUGCGUGGGGGCCAAGCGCUGACUCACAGCCAGAUGACGAGCGGGAGGAGCCGGCAUUGGACUUGGCCGACCUCGGUGCAAAAUGCCGAGGCCUCAGGCACGAGGAAACGAUCCAGCGCCAAAAAGAAGGUUUGGGUGAGCUCCGGGAGAGAAUAAAGAUGCUGGAGAAGAUGCAGUCCUCGGUUGUCAUGAACAAGGUUUCGGAGCCACUAGUGGUCCUGAUGAAAGACCUACCAGAGGACAUAGUCCAGAAAACAGGUCUUGAGAAGGAACCUGCAGCUGUGUCAGGAGUGAAGCUAAAAACCAGCAAGGUUCCUGGCUCUGGUCUGAAUGGGGCCACCAAUGAGGCAAUGAGCUCGAAGAUGGCAGAUGAGAUGGACCUUGGUGAGAAGAUGUACCUGGAUGUUCUUGGUGCUCUGGGCAGGCUGCUGAAGAUGGAGGAGCUGUCGGGAAUGCAGCCUCUGAAGCAUCUUCCUCGGGAGGGGAGGCAGGAAGCUGGACUGCAGAGACGGAAGGACCUGGCACUGCUGUAUGAUAAGAUCAGGCACCUCAAGAGCUGUCUGGAGAGAAAAGAAGAAAUGCUGAAAGAUUACGAGUCAAACGUGGAGCAACUCAGGUUGAACCAAGCGUCUCUGCAGAGAUGCCAGGAGGAGAUGUCCAAGCUGGACACUGAGGUCUACAAGGAGGCAGAAGAGAAGGCUCUGCUGAGGGAGGCCCUGGAGAGGACACAGCUCCAGCUGAGCCAGGAGAAGCAGCUGCUGCGAGCAGCCAAACUGCAGAAGCCUGGAGCCAAGAAGCCCUUCUGCUCGGGAAAACUGAAGGCCAAACACCAUGCAGCAGGAGGCUUCAAGAAGGGAAGCACAUAGCGGUGGCACCACAUGGGCCUUUGGUUGGCAAAGGUACGACGCAGGCAAGGAUGGCUUCAUUGACCUGAUGGAGCUGAAGCUGAUGAUGGAGAAGCUGGGGGCACCGCAGACGCACCUGGGCCUGAAGAACAUGAUCAAGGAAGUGGAUGAAGACCUGGACAGCAAGCUCAGCU